AGCAUUGAUUCAUUACCGCGACGACACCAUGGCGGUGCAAAAGAAAAGGACUUUCGCAGCCAAACUUUGCGCAAUCGAUGAUCUCUGCGCUAUUCAGCAUCCGUAUCAACGUUAUCUGGGCCUUAAAUUUUUAGAUUUUAAGCGUGUUAAUGGACGUUUCGCCAUACCAAAAUCAAUGUUACUAAACGUUGCUGUAUUUCUUGCAAUAAUAGACUGCAUUUGUAAUGUCAUUAAUAUUGCCAAGGCCAUCAACGAAAGGGAUGUCACUAAGGCACAGGAAGCCUUCGCAAUUUUCGGUAUGGGCUUGGUAUUGACGAUGCGUGGCUUUAUGUUGGCACAAAAUCGCGAUAAAGUUUUAAAAAUGUACAACGCUAUAGAUCGUAUAUUUCCACGUAGCGAACAUUUGCAGCAACAUAUGGAAGUCGAGAAAAUGCAUAAAAAUAUAAAAAAGCGUUUAUUAAUUCUCCAUCGAUCUAUAACGGCUUUGGGAGUCAUUUUUUUUAGUGUGCCGUCAGUUAGAUUUGUGCUAAUUUACGAUUUUGAAUCAGAUGAUCUUGUGGCCGAAGAAUUUCAUGUGAAUGCGUCGUGGUUACCAUUUGGCAUUAAAGAUAAGGUUUCUACCUAUCCUUAUAUAUACAUGUAUGAAAUUAUAUUAGCUUUGGCUGCGAUCCAAAUGCUAAUCAAAUGGGAUCAAAUAUUUGUGAUUUUAAUUUCACAUUUAUGUAUGUAUUAUGAGUAUUUAGGUAAACUUUUGGCGGAAAUGAAUGUGCAGGAUGCAAUGGAUCCCACAAAGGCGGAUGCAGUCUAUAAGCAACUGCACGAUUACAUAUAUAUUCAACAACAUCUCAAUAAUUUGGCCGUCGAAUUGAAUGACUUGUUUAAUUUGUCAAUAUUAUCCUCGGAUGCGGGCAUCGCUUUAUCCAUAUGUUUCAACUUGGUUCUAAUUACGGAGGCUACAAACUAUUUGCAAAUGACAUUGCACACUACACCAUUAUUCGUAGAAAUUUGGUUAAUCUACGAUGCCGCCAAGUGGGGUACCAUGCUGGAGACAGUGACUGCCCGAAUAAAUGAAAUUAUCUACGAGCAGAAGUGGUACGACUGUUCGGUACGUUUUGGCAAAUAUACUCUGAUGUUGCUACAAAGCACGAAUGAACCGCUCAGAUUAACUGCUUUUAAUAUGUUGUAUGUUAAUAUGAAGCAUUUUCAAGAUAUGAUGAUGUUAGCUUAUCAAUUGCUAACUUUUUUGAAGUCUAAAGGGUAAAAAAAGUAGCUGGUUGGAAUCACGAAAUAUUUUUAAAUUUUUAAGAUUUACUUUUCUCAAAAUGUUUACUAAAAUGUUGUAUUAACGAAUGCAGCUAUAAAUUUUAAUUUUUUAAAUAAAAUAUCUUGUU